UAGUUUUAUUUGUAUUAUCUACAUUUUGUUUUACAUAACAACUGAUUACUAUUAUACUUCCUAUGAAUCACGGGACAUGUGGCAUUUAAAUCCGUAAAAAUAAACAAACAACGGACUGACAAAAAUACCUGACAAUAAAUUCCAUUUAUAUUAUCUGUUCAGAUACCGCCAACUACGUGAAAAGAUGAGGUGAUGGGAUCGUUAAAAAUCUGUGCUAAGUGAAUAAUGGAAAUGGAUGCACAAACAGCUACGUUAGUUGACAUAAAAGUGUAUAAAUACAGAUGGGUGGUUUUACUUAUCUUUUGCUUAAGCACGAUAGUCAAUUUUAUGCAGUUCCUGCAGUUUACCAUAAUAGCCAAUAUAGUAACGAAGUUUUAUAAUGUAGAUACUAUUGCAGUGGACGCCACUGGACUGAUAUUUUUUCUUGCUUACAUAGUACUGUUCUUACCAGUAAGCUAUUCAAUCGAAAGAUAUAACAUGAAAGUAACUUUGAUCAUCAGCACUGGUCUAACAUUAAUAGGAAAUGUUGUUAAAAUGGCAGGUGCUGAACCAAACAAAUUUUACGUGAUAAUGAUUGGGCAAGCGUUUUGUGCAGUGGGGCAAAUUUUUGUGUUAAGCAUCCCCUCUAAGGUAGCUUCUGUAUGGUUUGGUGCGAACGAAGUGUCUACUGCGUGCGCCAUAGCAGUCUUGGGAACGCAACUAGGUGCUGCAAUUGGUUCUGUUCUUCCUCCAUUCUUAGUAAAAAGCGACAAUGACUCGGAUGUUGGUGAUAACCUAUACAACAUGAUGAUGGUCAACGCAAUACUUUCCUGCGUGGUAUUCGUCAUUGUAAUCGUAUUUUUCAGAGCAAGACCGGACAUACCACCUAGUCAGUCUCAGUUACAAAUCCUACAAGAGGGUGAAGAGCUGCCACCAUUUUUCCAUAAUUUUAAGGGUUUGGUAAAAAAUAAAAAUUAUUUGUUGCUCCUGCUAUCGUUUGGGAUAUUCAAUAGUAUAUGGAAUAGUUUUGGAAUAGUGAUCAACACCAUCUACACGCAUUACUUUCCUGAUGGAGAACACGAUGUUGGUAUUAUAACUUUAAGCGCCAUUAUAUCAGGUGGUUGCAUAGGCAGCGUUAUUUUUGGCUUAAUUUUGGAUAAAACUCACCAGUUCAAGAGGACCUCUAUUGGGGUUAUGUUGGCAUCAAUAAUCCUUUACGUCGUUGCGAUUACUGUUUUAACUGUAAAGUCCAAAGUCGGCUCUUAUAUAGCCAUACCUACAUUCGGAUUCUUCGCAGCUAGCGGGCUGAUAAUCAGCUUCGAAUAUACCUUGGAGGAGACGUAUCCCGUACCAGAGACGGUCAGCUGUUCUGUGAUGAACGCCACUAUAUUCCUCUUCGCUAUAAUAUUUGCACUGAUAGCUGAGGCGUUAUUCGACGUCAUAGGUAUCCUCAACACUUCCAUAAUCAUAAUGGUUAUAUAUCUGUUCAGCACUGGCGUUUUAUUCUUCGCGAAAGCAAACUUGAGGAGGAGAGACGCAAAUGUGGCUAGUUGAAGUUAAAAUUUAGUUGUAUUUUGGUUUUGAUACAAUAAAAUUUGUUAUUUUUACAUAUGCAAAACAGAUAUCUGUGUGCAAACAGGACAUACUUUCAAACAUA